ACCCUGUUGGCUCCGCCCUCGAGAUCGCACCCGUUCACCUGACAUCCUGAGCAAUAUGUCACGUCCCACAACGCUUCCUCUUCGCAUCCCUCCUCGUAUCUCCAUCACACAAGCGGACACUGACGGCUGUGAAGCAGAAAAUGGCAUAUCUCCAGCUCACACCCCUCUUGGCUCCCAGAGUCCGAGCCGAACGUUGUACACCUCCUUGCCUCAGGGCCAGAGGAGAGAAUCAUUCCUCUACAGAUCUGACUCUGACUAUGACAUGUCCCCCAAAGCCGUCUCCCGUAAUUCUUCCAUUGUUAGUGAAGGGCAUACAGCAGAAGACUUCAUUGUCACACCUUUUGCUCAAGUACUGGCAAGUUUGCGAUCAGUACGAAGCAACUUCACCAUCCUUGCCAACGUCUCUACACCUACAGUGAACCGCUGUGAUUUCAGGAGAUCUCCCUUAGGUGGAGUGUGCCCCAGCCCCAGGGGGACACUUUCAGAUCAGCAGUACCAGCAGCUGGCCUUAGACACUCUGGAAGAGUUAGAUUGGUGUUUGGACCAGUUGGAAACCAUUCAGACCCACCGCUCUGUCAGCGAAAUGGCUUCUACUAAGUUUAAGAGGAUGCUGAACAGGGAACUCUCUCACUUAUCAGAGAUGAGCCGCUCUGGGAACCAGGUGUCGGAAUACAUAUCCAGCACUUUUCUGGACAAACAGAAUGAAAUGGAAAUCCCCUCUCCAACACUUAAAGACAAAUCUAUGAGUCACAUUAGCGGGGUGCGGAAACUGUCUCACAGCUCCAGCCUGUCUAGCGCCUCCAUGCCUCGCUUUGGGGUCAACACAGACCAUGAGGACGAGCUUGCCAAGGAACUGGAGGAUUUAAACAAAUGGAGUUUUAAUAUAUUCAAAGUAGCUGAGUUCUCCAAUAACAGACCCCUCAGCUGCAUCAUGUAUGCCAUCUUCCAGGAGCGGGAGCUCUUGAAGACGUUUCGAAUCCCCGUUGACACUUUUGUCACCUAUGUGAUGACCCUAGAAGACCAUUACCAUGGAAACGUAGCCUACCACAACAGCCUCCAUGCAGCAGAUGUUGCCCAGUCUACACACGUCCUCCUCUCCACACCUGCUCUGGAUGCUGCCUUCACCGAUCUGGAGAUCCUCGCUGCUCUGUUUGCUGCAGCUAUUCAUGAUGUGGACCAUCCUGGAGUUUCAAACCAGUUCCUCAUCAACACCAACUCAGAGUUGGCGCUGAUGUACAACGAUGAGUCAGUCCUGGAGAACCAUCAUCUGGCUGUAGGUUUUAAACUCCUGCAUCAGGAGAAUUGUGACAUUUUUCAAAACCUCACCAAGAGACAGCGACAGUCCCUGCGCAAGCUCGUCAUUGAUAUGGUGUUAGCCACGGACAUGUCCAAACACAUGACUCUGCUGGCCGACUUAAAGACCAUGGUGGAAACCAAGAAAGUGACGAGUUCAGGUGUUUUGCUGCUGGAUCACUACACAGAGAGAAUACAGGUACUGAAGAACAUGGUCCACUGUGCAGACCUGAGCAACCCAACAAAACCCUUACCGUUAUACAGGCAGUGGACAGAGAGGAUCAUGGAGGAGUUCUUCCGACAGGGCGACAGAGAAAGAGAGAGGGGGAUGGAAAUCAGCGCUAUGUGCGACAAACACACUGCCUCUGUGGAAAAGAGUCAGGUGGGCUUCAUUGACUACAUUGUACACCCUCUAUGGGAGACGUGGGCUGACCUGGUACACCCAGACGCCCAGGAAAUCCUGGACACCUUAGAGGAGAACAGGGAGUGGUACCUGACCACUAUGCCUCAAUCACCUUCGCCUCCCCCCGAUAGACACCUCCAGCAUGACCGCUUCCAAUUCGAACUUACACUGGAGGAGCUGGAAUACAACAAUCACAACAACAUAUACAAAAGGAGCAGUGGCUGUGCAAGAGGCGUCAAGGAAGGCCAGAAAGCCAUGUGCGAAGACAGCAAUGGGAAGCAGGAGGGAAUAGGUGAGGAGGAUCAGAACCUUGCUGAGGAUGAGGAGGAGGAUAAGGAGAACCACAACAGUGAACAAAAUGGAAUCCAGGAACAGGAGGAGGAAAACACUGGAGGAAAGGAAGAUGAAAAUGAAGAGGAGAUAAAGGAAGCUCUUGAGGAGAAGGAAGAAGGAGGAGGAGAAGAAGAAAUCAAUAGUGAAGAAGAAGGAGUGGAAAUCAAUGGCAAAGAAGAUGAAUCAGCAAAGGAAGACAAUGAAGCCAUUGAGGAAGAGGUAGACGAGGAAGAGAAUGAAGUUAGGGAAGCUGAAGGAGAGGGAAACGAGGAGGAGGAGGAAGGUGAGAAUGAUGACGCAGAAGUAGAAGAGGAGACAGAGACAAAUUUAAGUGAAGGAGAAGAAGGCAAAUAUGAAGAUGAAGGCAACACAGAAGAAGCUAAAGAGGAGGAAACUGAGAUGGACAGUAUAGACGAGGAAACUGAGCAGGAAGUAGUAGCAAAAGAGAAUGCAGAGGAGGAAGAAGAGGCACCUCAGGAGGGUGAAGAAGAUGAAGUACCAGAGGAAGAGGAGAGUUAGCUAAAUAGACAAAUGAUCAGGGUCACUGAGUGAAAUGGGUAAAAGAGAGAUGAUGAGGGGCCAGAGAGGUUCUUAAAGGCAGAAGAGGGGCUUUAAAGAGGCAAAAAAGCUGAAAUAUGUAUGUCUUUCCAGAUAACGCAGUCUAACUGCUUUACCAUGUGAAGGUCAAAUUACUCUCAUCCUUAGAGCUAUAUUUUGCACCAACAGUAAAGAACUGAAGAUGGGAAACGGGAAUUUUUCUGAACAGCCCGAGAAAGAUGGUCAUCCGGUAGUAAGAGAAACGAGGGUCUUCUACCCUGUGUAAGUACGUAUAUCACUGCCGUUUAGGAUAAAUGGGGAAAUAACAGUAAUAAAACUGGGGGACUGGUUUAAACAACCGCUUUGUAGCUCCUGGAUACAAAUUAAAGAAAAAAAAUGCUGAAAUUCGUACAUGCAAAUAAGUGUGUGCGUGUUUUGCAGCUGUUAUAGACUGUCACGCAUUGUCUCUUGGUCACUGUCUAUUGUUUUAUUGAUAAGGACCAUAACACAAACCUAGACCAUUAUAACUCAAGUGCAAAUUUCAAAAUAAUUCCAAAAAGAGAUUUAAAAAAUAUGACCAGAAAGGUGUAAUUUGCUGUCUUAUAUUUAGUACAAAACCCUUCUCAAUCUAUGAGCAGUAUGUUUCAUAUACUGUGGUUAAGAAACUGUGUAAGCCCCUCACUCCCUUACCCUAAAGCAACAAUGCUGGAUUUCUGACCCCAUUUCUAAAUAAAACACAGACUGUUCUCGUCAAGUGGAAACUUACAAGGCUGAUGUAUUCUAUGUUGUCGAUGUUCAGUCUUGUCGAGAGUUUAAAAAAAAGAAAAUUAUCACACCAAGUGUUUAUGCCAUUGUGACAUUGUAACCUGAGUUGUGCCAAACUGUCCCACAACCAGCACUGAGCAAUGCAGCCUCCAGAUUAGGUGGCUACUCUUCACGAAGCAAUGAAUCUGUGGGACCAGGCCAGCAGGUGUGAUGGUCUUCCACAAAUUUAUGUUUUUGUUUUUUGUAAACAAAUAUGUAUUUGGCACUUUAUCAAACACCCUUGUUGCAUAUAUGUACAUAAUAAACAUGUAUUUUAAUCUGCUGAUGUCAUAAUAAAUAUGAUC